CUGUUUUCUUAGUGGAUGAGAUUCGGUCAAGGCUUGUUUGCUGAAUUUGCCAUUAUGGAAACAAACUGUUCAAAGGAGGAAGCAUCCAAGAGUCCAGAAGCAUGCACGGCUUUAUGUGGGGAUCAGGCUCGGUAUGGGUUCUGUGAGUCCUCUAACAUCAGAGCUCCAGAAAAAGGGCUUGUAUGUGCAGAUGUGGAGUGUAAAGUUUAUGAAGCUCAGAAAUUAACUGAUCCAAUACAACACCCCGCUCAGUCAAAGAGAGACUGUAAAUUCCAUGGGCUUCCACCCUACUGCCAACCAGAACAUCAACCAGGGCAUGAACACCCCCAUCGCCCGGGACAUGCAGGCCGUGACCAUGAAGACAAAACAUCUGACCAAAGGGGCCGUCCAGAACAUGCAGGCCGUGACCACGAAGAUAAAAUGGGCCCUUACCAAAGGGGCCGUCCAGGACAUGCAGGCCAUGGCCACAAAGACAAAACAUCUGACCAAAGGGGCCGUCCAGGAUAUGCAGGCCAUGGCCACAAAGACAAAACAUCUGACCAAAGGGGCCGUCCAGGACAUGCAGGCCAUGGCCACAAAGACAAAACAUCUGACCAAAGGGGCCGUCCAGGAUAUGCAGGCCAUGGCCACAAAGACAAAACAUCUGACCAAAGGGGCCGUCCAGGACAUGCAGGCCGUGACCACAAAGACAAAACAUCUGACCAAAGGGGCCGUCCAGGACAUGCAGGCCAUGGCCACAAAGACAAAACAUCUGACCAAAGGGGCCGUCCAGGACAUGCAGGCCGUGACCACGAACACAAAACAUCUGACCAAAGGGGCCAUCCAGGACAUGCAGGCCAUGGCCACAAAGACAAAACAUCUGACCAAAGGGGCCGUCCAGGACAUGCAGGCCGUGACCACAAAGACAAAACAUCUGACCAAAGGGGCCGUCCAGGACAUGCAGGCCGUGACCACAAAGACAAAACAUCUGACCAAAGGGGCCGUCCAGGACAUGCAGGCCGUGACCCCAAAGACAAAACAUCUGACCAAAGGGGCCGUCCAGGACAUGCAGGCCAUGGCCACAAAGACAAAACAUCUGACCAAAGGGGCCGUCCAGGACAUGCAGGCCGUGACCACGAACACAAAACAUCUGACCAAAGGGGCCAUCCAGGACAUGCAGGCCAUGGCCACAAAGACAAAACAUCUGACCAAAGGGGCCGUCCAGGACAUGCAGGCCGUGACCACGAACACAAAACAUCUGACCAAAGGGGCCAUCCAGGACAUGCAGGCCAUGGCCACAAAGACAAAACAUCUGACCAAAGGGGCCGUCCAGGACAUGCAGGCCAUGGCCACAAAGACAAAACAUCUGACCAAAGGGGCCAUCCAGGACAUGCAGGCCAUGGCCACAAAGACAAAACAUCUGACCAAAGGGGCCGUCCAGGACAUGCAGGCCAUGGCCACAAAAACAAAACAUCUGACCAAAGGGGCCAUCCAGGACAUGCAGGCCAUGGCCACAAAGACAAAACAUCUGACCAAAGGGGCCGUCCAGGACAUGCAGGCCGUGACCACAAAGACAAAACAUCUGACCAAAGGGGCCGUCCAGGACAUGCAGGCCAUGGCCACAAAGACAAAACAUCUGACCAAAGGGGCCGUCCAGGACAUGCAGGCCGUGACCACAAAAACAAAACAUCUGACCAAAGGGGCCAUCCAGGACAUGCAGGCCAUGGCCACAAAGACAAAACAUCUGACCAAAGGGGCCGUCCAGGACAUGCAGGCCAUGGCCACAAAGACAAAACAUCUGACCAAAGGGGCCGUCCAGGACAUGCAGGCCGUGACCACGAACACAAAACAUCUGACCAAAGGGGCCAUCCAGGACAUGCAGGCCAUGGCCACAAAGACAAAACAUCUGACCAAAGGGGCCAUCCAGGACAUGCAGGCCAUGGCCACAAAGACAAAACAUCUGACCAAAGGGGCCGUCCAGGACAUGCAGGCCAUGGCCACAAAGACAAAACAUCUGACCAAAGGGGCCGUCCAGGACAUGCAGGCCGUGACCACAAAAACAAAACAUCUGACCAAAGGGGCCAUCCAGGACAUGCAGGCCAUGGCCACAAAAACAAAACAUCUGACCAAAGGGGCCAUCCAGGGCAUGCAGGCCAUGGCCACAAAAACAAAACAUCUGACCAAAGGGGCCAUCCAGGACAUGCAGGCCAUGGCCACAAAGACAAAACAUCUGACCAAAGGGGCCGUCCAGGACAUGCAGGCCAUGGCCACAAAAACAAAACAUCUGACCAAAGGGGCCAUCCAGGACAUGCAGGCCAUGGCCACAAAGACAAAACAUCUGACCAAAGGGGCCGUCCAGGACAUGCAGGCCGUGACCACAAAGACAAAACAUCUGACCAAAGGGGCCGUCCAGGACAUGCAGGCCAUGGCCACAAAGACAAAACAUCUGACCAAAGGGGCCGUCCAGGACAUGCAGGCCAUGGCCACAAAGACAAAACAUCUGACCAAAGGGGCCGUCCAGGACAUGCAGACCGUGACCACAAAAACAAAACAUCUGACCAAAGGGGCCAUCCAGGACAUGCAGGCCAUGGCCACAAAGACAAAACAUCUGACCAAAGGGGCCGUCCAGGACAUGCAGGCCAUGGCCACAAAGACAAAACAUCUGACCAAAGGGGCCGUCCAGGACAUGCAGGCCGUGACCACGAACACAAAACAUCUGACCAAAGGGGCCAUCCAGGACAUGCAGGCCAUGGCCACAAAGACAAAACAUCUGACCAAAGGGGCCGUCCAGGACAUGCAGGCCGUGACCACAAAAACAAAACAUCUGACCAAAGGGGCUAUCCAGGACAUGCAGGCCAUGGCCACAAAAACAAAACAUCUGACCAAAGGGGCCAUCCAGGGCAUGCAGGCCAUGGCCACAAAAACAAAACAUCUGACCAAAGGGGCCAUCCAGGACAUGCAGGCCAUGGCCACAAAGACAAAACAUCUGACCAAAGGGGCCGUCCAGGACAUGCAGGCCAUGGCCACAAAAACAAAACAUCUGACCAAAGGGGCCAUCCAGGACAUGCAGGCCAUGGCCACAAAGACAAAACAUCUGACCAAAGGGGCCGUCCAGGACAUGCAGGCCGUGACCACAAAGACAAAACAUCUGACCAAAGGGGCCGUCCAGGACAUGCAGGCCAUGGCCACAAAGACAAAACAUCUGACCAAAGGGGCCGUCCAGGACAUGCAGGCCGUGACCACGAACACAAAACAUCUGACCAAAGGGGCCAUCCAGGACAUGCAGGCCAUGGCCACAAAGACAAAACAUCUGACCAAAGGGGCCAUCCAGGACAUGCAGGCCAUGGCCACAAAGACAAAACAUCUGACCAAAGGGGCCGUCCAGAACAUCCAUACUGUCCAAAAGGCCCUUCAGGGUUUCCAGAAUUAGCAUCUGAGGGACAUCAUGAAUUCCCAUGCCAUGGCUUUGUAAAAGUCCCCUCAUCUGUUUAUCCAAUCUGCCCCUUCCCUCCACCAUGUAUCUGCUAGGGCCCUCCAGACCUUGUACCUAAUCCUUCUAUUCCUUCUCCUCCUCCUCUGUAACUAACCACUAAAAUCUGCUGAGGAACAUCCAGAUGUUCUCCCAGGUUGCAGGGUUUGAAAGGGAAAUAACUAAACAACAGAAGAGUGUAAAUGUCUCCAGUCCAAUAAAUAAUCUUUACUGA